AUGGAGCUGCCUAACACUGAUAUUUUCGACCCGCUUGCUUGUGUGCGCCGUUGGGAACAAUACGCCACGCAGCAGGAAAUUAACGUCUAUCUGACAAAGCAGAUUGACUUAAACCGCAGCGUUUUAAAGGAGACUAUCGAGACGCAGAAAGAAAUUAACGCGUCUAGCUCUACCACGUUAAAAGACCAUGAAUCGCGCAUUGCCUCGCUGGAGUCAGGUUUAAAAGACCUCAACACGGCGCAGACUAAUUUAAAUGUGGCGUUCCAGAAUCUGCAAACUGAUAACAACAAUUUCAAAUCUAACGUUGAUUUGUUGCUUAAUCAGUAUCAGACAACCAUUAAUUUGCUGCAAAGCAACAUUGAUAACAUCAGCGUCAGUAACGAGCAAUUGUGGAACGAAGUUAAUAAACUGAAAUCCCAAUUCGACCCGGAUAAACUAGAUGCGGCUAUUGCUGGCUAUGACUCUGUUUUGUCUGACGCGAAGAAAUACGCGGACGAUAUUAACAGCGAAUUGAGCGCCAAAAUUAACGCCCUCACUCAGACCGUGACGGAUAAUAAAACCUCCACGGAUGCGGCAAUUAAAGCAGAGACGGAAGCGCGUCAAACUGAAAUCGCCAAUUUUGAGCAGGAAGUAAGAAGCGCGUUAAACCAGCAGGACGCAAAUAUUAACGCGUUUAUGGCUAGCGUUAAUAAGAACAACGCGGCGCAGCGUCAAUGGCUGGAAACCGAGUUAGAGCGUGUUAAUAAGCGUAUUGAUAACCUCGACAAUAAAGUAGAGAGCUAUCAGGAAGCUAACGCAAAUACGCACACCGAUUUAAAAGAUCAGAUUGCAGCCGUGAAGAAAGAAGCCGCCGAUAACUUGCAGGAAAAGUACGACGAGCUUAACCGCUAUAUUAAAUCGGUUGAGGAAACCGAGCAGACCAACACCGCCAGCUUGCAGGACGAUAUUAAUAACGUCCGUAAAGAAUACAAAGUGGAUAUUAAAGCGGCUCAAGACGCGCUACAAGCGGAAAUCGACGAGAUUAAAAAUAGCGAUUUGAAACAAUGGGAUACUAUCAAUAGUAUUCUGGAGGCUCAAAACCGCAUUAAUGUUAAAAUGGAGGAAUUAAAUGCGUAUAUCCUUGAACAGAUUGGGCUGGUUGAAGAUAGUAUUGGAUCUGUUAGCGAGCGUGUUGAAAAACUCGAAACGGAAAACCCGAAAUUAACUUCAAGCAUUAAAGCGCUUGACGCUCGUUUCUCACCUGCUAUUAAGGUUGUUGCAAAAGCGGGUGAAGCCGCAAGCGAGGAACACGAUGUAGGUUAUGGGACGUUGAAGUUAAAUAUCACCGCUACGCAAGUGGGCUGGAAUCUCAGUUACACUACUGGGCAGCUUCAAACAGCUACACGCGGCGGCACUUAUUCCAACGUUAAUAGUGGCGCUAAUGUCAAUGCUAUCGCUAACGCUAAUACGCCGAACUAUGUUGAAGGUGUUUUCUAUAGCAAUGACCAAACGCUGCCCCACGAGUUCCGCGUAGUGUAUAACCCAUUCACUAAAGAAGUGGAGUUUAACUUCUCAUACAGUGAGUCGGACAUGCCAGCAGUAACAAUCUAA